CAAGCAUGUCCAAACUAAGCCCUGUGCGACCCUGGUUUCUCGAUACGCCCAUGUUCCCGACCUACCUGAGCAAAGACAGAAACGCUGCUGGUUCCACGUCAGGCAGUUCUAUUUCGGUCGAGGUCGUGGCCAUCCCUCCAUUGAACAUGGCAUCAAACACGGCACUGCCAGCGGCCAAAACAAACUUAUGGGCCGGUAUCCUCUGGGCCUGUCUGCCCUUCCCAACGACAAACCUGAUGUCGCUGAGCAGUUCAUUGUUGAAGAGGUAGGCGAAGCGCUCCUUCAGUGAGCUCUUCGUGGCCUGCCAGUUGUAAACAGGCUCCCGGUGAAGAGGGAGCACAGGCGGAGAGGCGGACGAGCCGAGAGUGGAGUUUGGCACAUUGGAGAGCGCCACUGAAGCUCCACUUUGAGCCGAGUUGGACGGUGUGUCUUGGACGUCACUGUUUGACGCCAAGCCGCUGCUACCGCCACAGGUCGCCAUAAUUACAGUUUUCCGCCUUUUUCUUUCCUGUGCACCGUCCGCACCUUACUUAUUUUUAUUUGUUUACGUGGUAGCCAUUGCUCUUUAGUGUCUAGACACUCACUAGCUCAGGCAAGCUAGCUAGCCAGUGUUGCGUCGCUCCAGAAAUGACGCAGGCGCAUAUUCGUUCAAAAUACUCCAAACUUUAUUGAUAUAACAAUCUUCGACAUGAAUCAGACAACAGCGAUUUGAACAGUAAAACAAAUUUCACCUCACAAUUGUCCACUCUGUUUUAUAUUUUGACAACAGAAUUGUUGUCGCUGUUACUGAUUACUGAAUAGCAAUUCUUAAUGGACCCCAUAUACACUAUGUGAAAAUAAGACAUGAGGAAGUGUACCUGAGUAUAGGGCAAUAGUAUUAGUAUACUAAUUGCCAAACAAAACAUCUAGAAAACAAUGAUUAAUACAAUGAGUAAUUAAUAUACAAGAAGAGAAGUAAUAUUCAACUUGAGAUAGCAUAAUCAAGGGUAACUGUAAUUUAUUUGUCAGUUGUUUAAACCAUGUAGUGCCACCCAUACAUUUAUGAUAACCAGAUCAAAAGGUAAUCCAUCCAUCUGUUUUCUAUACCGCUUAUCCUCAUUAGGGUCAUUAAGUAUGCUGGAGCCUAUCCCAGUUGACUUCGAGCAAGGUGGGUUACACCCUGGACUGGUCGCCAGCCAAUCAAAGGGCACAUAGAGAAAAUCAUUCAUACUCACAUUUAUACCUAUGGACAAUUUGGAGUCGCCAGACAACCUAAAAUCCGAGAAGGGGCCCAAACACAAAAUGGCUCUAGAGCCUGCAUACUUUUUUCUGACUCUCUGGAUUGUCAAACAUGGCGUGUCAUGAGCAUCUGUAUGGAGCAUAUGGUACAACUAUGUCAAUCAAAAAGGAAGGUGGCAACCCAUGUAAUAUUUUGUAGCCAAAAUAUAAUCAAAUAUAAGAAAAACGCAAAAUGGAACAAUAUUUACUGUUCAUGUAUGACUAAAUAAAUACUGUUUUUCACAACUUUACUGUCUUUUACCUAAAGUUGUUUAUUUUCAGUGAUCCAAUGCUUUAAAAUAUUAUAAAUAUUAACAGCAUUACUCUGCUACUUUUAUCCCCCGUUGAUGUUGCAACUUGUGGCCAUGAAUUUUUGUGACUACUGGCAUGCAAAAUCCACUGCUAGGUGGCAGUGUCUACACUUGUACUGACACAAGUACAAACCUUAGCAGCCAAUAAUGCAACAGGUUUGUACUUGUGUACUUGUGUCUGAGCAAAAGAGAGAGAGAGAGAGAGAGAGAGAGAGAGAGAGAGAGCAUAGAAGUGAUAAACUGACAGGCAGCUGUGCCAUUGCAACUAGAAAGAAAGUGGAAGUCAUGUUGAAAUAAUGUCAGGGAUGCACUGCAGACAUGGAGGUUAUCUGUGGCUAAGUUAGAUUACAGUUUUCAUUCUUGGACAAAGAAAAAAAAAGUGCUCAGCAAUGAGUGCGUCUGCAGGUACUGGUGUGUUUGUGUUCUCCUUGAUGUCCAUUCCAAUCUGCUACUUAUGCAAUUCCCUUAUUUACAACAACAGUGGUGAAGCCCUCUUCUUUGCUGGGUGUGCAACAGUUAUCUUCCUGGCCAUUUCUGUACGUUUGCUAGUCAAGAGAAAAGCUCCACUGAACUCUCUUUUCUAUGUGUAUGCACUCUAUGCAUUCUUCAGUGUGGUAAAUUUAAUCAUUGGGCUUGAGCAGGACAACAUCAUUGAUGGAUUUGUGACAUUUUACCUGAAAGAGGCAAAGCCGCACAUUAAUACUGCACAUGGGCAUAUGAUCGCCUAUUGGGAUGGCUGUGUGCAUUAUCUCAUGUAUCUCCUCAUGAUUGCAGCAAUUACGUGGGGGGAUGACUACAGAGCUAUUGGACUGUACUGGGUAGGGUCUUUUAUCAUGCGUGCCAUAAUCUACAUUCUUGGGAAUGCUGUUGGAAAAUAUGGUACGGAAAUUGGUCCUCUCUUCUUACUUCACAUGCUGUAUAUCUCAGUGGCAGUGUGGGCUUGCUUUCGCAUCUUUAGCCAACCUUCCACACAUAUAGUUGAGUUGAAGACCAUCCAGGAGGCUCAGAAGACAAGCCUGUUCCACAGACCCUUGGAUCUAUUUUUCAUUAUUUACCUGAUCCCAGCUAUGGGUUUCUGUGUCUUCAGAGGUUUGGUUUCCCUGGACUGUUCCAUCACAUUGUGCCAGUCCUACACACAGCACUAUGAACCAUACCUGAAAGACCCCUCUGCUUACCCUAAAAUACAGAUGCUGGUGAGUAUGCUGUACUCGGGACCAUACUACAUCAUGACUCUCUACGGCUUGUUGGUACCAGGAUGUGAAUGGAUGCCGGACCUGGCUCUUGUGCACUCAGGGGCAGUAGCACAAAAUGGUGCUCAAGUCUUGUGCUGGAAGACACAGCCAACCUAAUGAGAGCGGAAACUGUGUCGUUGUUGUUUCUAUAUGCUGCUGUUGUUGACGGAAGUAGCAUAAGCCGAUGUCCUAAAUCAAUGCGCCGAAGAGGGAAGUUUUGAUAAUGUUAUAACUCAUCAAAUACUCAUCAAAAUAUCAAAAGAUAAUAUAUUACAUGUUAUCAGUCCAGUUUUCUUUUAAGACUAUUGCAAAGUAUAAAAAUGUCAAUUGUGACGUUUAGCGGAAUGAGCAUCUUGGUUAAUGUUUUUUCAGAUACGGAGGUCACUGAAUGAUAAUAUAAUGUAACAACAGGCUAAUUAUAAAGGAAUAAAAUAUGCAAGUCAUCAGACCUGAGAAACAUUACAUAAAUAUAUUCUGUAACAUAUGACCAUAGUACUAAAUCUAAAAAUCAAAAUAGGGGAUCUGCCCAAACAUGAACUGUAGUGUAUGCAUGGUCUCAUUUUAGGUUACUGGUAUUCUUGAAUCCAAACUGCUAGCAGAUAGCGUGGCUGCUGUGAGAUCCAAACAGAACAAAGCAGCUGUUGUGUUGGAGUUGCAGGCUGACGCGUCACUCACCGGUGGGAUAAGGGCAGAAGCUGACUUCAGACCAGCAGGAAUGGUGGUAUUGGUGGUAUUCAUAUAAAUGUCAGCUGUUGAACAAAGCUAAUAAUAGGGCUGCUGAAGACCUGACAACUACGGUUGCUAUGAGACAUAUUCUGUGUCUUUUUUUUCUGUCAAAAGGUAACUGACUGACUUUACACUAACUGACUUUUCUAAAAGGAAUUUUUGAAUAAUUAAUUUGUUUAAAAGAUGAUAAUUAUUUGGUGUGUUAAUUCACUUAGCUUUGACUGCCUGAUUGCCAACUAGUAAGCCCACAUGCUACUGCCAUUUACGGUGUACUUUAUUAUUAAGUCAUUUACAAUAAGACUCCGUUUUGCGAAGUUUAGUAGCUCAUUGUUAAAAAAAAAAUGUUACAGAAGAUGCUUUAGCUUCCGCAAUAGUUAAUAUUAUUAUUGAAACUAAAGCUGUUUAACAAGACACUAACAAUACCUGUAUUGUAAAGUGGUGCCAAAACAAAAUUUUUAAUUAAGUGCAUAUAUACUUGAAAUUAACCUUAAUCACCCAAACAGCAAUAUGAGACAGUGUGUACAGUGUCAGCUCAUUAAAGGUGUUGUCAACCCUACAUGACAGAGCACACAUGUAGUGUUUGCUGCAGGUUUUAAGGAAAACCGAUCGGUUUUUGUGAUUGGCUUUGAACGGCAUGUAUCGGCAUAUGACGAUCACCCGUUUUUUAAGGAAAUCGUCCAAUAGUGAUAAAUAUUUGAUACUGAUUUAUAUAUAUGUAAAUGCAUAUACAAUGCAUUUAUACAAAUGUAGAGCUCCGGUAAAAUAUGUUCAUCCAAUACAAAAAUCUUUUCCCCCUUUUCUCCACUUGACAGGCUCAGUUUUCUCAUAUCGGCGCCUCUCUUCACACACGUACGCCGUUCUCCUACAGAGUGCCUGCUGAAAGCCAAGCUGUCUUCUUGGUGGUCAAUGUGUUGUAUGCUGUGGUGCCUCAGGCUCUGUGCUACCGCUGCAUUACAAGGC